CAUUUUGGAACCUCCAGGCUGAGCGCGCUGGCCCACUUUGGAACUCAGUUGUGACGGUGUCGAACCCGCAUGCGCAAAUUGCAUACCACAGAAUAGCACAUGGUAAGGUUGUCGCGGCGGCCGGGCAUUUGGCCAGCCUUGGUCUUGACUGGAACAGUCGACAAAUUCGCCCGUCCUUGACGUCGUCCACACGCCGCAGAAAUCCUCAGAAACAUUCUUACCAGAAGUGGCUAUAGGUACCUGAAAAAUCCACGCUACUGUCUGUGUAAGAUUUGCACGUUUUACGUUGAAGGCAUUUAUUCAAGUACUAUUUUAGUUUCAAGGUGGGAUAUAUCCAUUCUGUUUAACUUGCUUCUAGCUUUCCAACCCUUUAACGUUUGUGUCGGGGGGACUGCGUGACGUCAGAAGGCAGCAGAGUGUCCUAUCUGACCACUCGGGGUCAGUGUGGACAGUCAGUCAGGGAAGCUGUAGUCUGUCUGACAUGACCUCAAUUGUUGAACGGUUGGAGUGCAGCUGUUGUCCACUUGUAAACUGAUCGGUUGUAAGUUGGCUUCCCCGUAAGACAAAGAGGUUUAACAGCAAAACCAACGUAAAGGCUUAAUAAAACGUAUCCGUUUCACUUCGGAGAGAUUACAAUAAGCUGAGCCGCAACAAGUACAAAAAAACAAGGAACUUAUAAUGAAGCAACCACUAGACAGCCCUCAUUUGUGGCCUUGAUUGCCCCUAGCUCGGACUCUUUAGCCCCUAGCUGCUAUGGACAGUAAGGAGUCAGUGCAGCAGUACCUUCACGCCCUUAAUUUCACCAUGAAGCCAGUUAUGCUACCUGGAAGCCUGUAUAUCAAUGAAGCUAAUGGAGGUGGUGCUGUUGCCGGCCACGCUUCGCCCCCAGCAUUGUCUCCCAACCUGCCCAGUAUCGUAAAGGUAGAGCCACGUCUCCCAAGUUCGUGUGUAAGCAGUCCUUUAGAAGCUGGAGCUUGCGGAGGAGGAUCGGUCCUCAACUCAACAAAACGACUUCGGCUGGACGACGGGUCUCUGUUACCCUCGCCUUCUCAGAUGUCUCUUUCCCCACCCCCUUAUGUAAACAGUCACCCCAUGAUGGCCAACCAUGGACUCUCCCCUCUAUCAGUUAGUAGCUAUGACGGCAACAGUACGUCUGGGAAAGAAGAGUUGAGUCCUCCAACCAGUGGGCUCAAUGGCUGCGUUAUUGACAAAUACGCAGAUACGAAAAGGAAGACCAAAGGACCUGUCCCUCGCCUACAGGAGGAGCUAUGUUUGGUGUGUGGAGACAGAGCCUCGGGAUAUCAUUACAAUGCCCUUACCUGUGAAGGGUGUAAAGGGUUUUUCAGACGUAGUAUUACCAGAAAUGCCGUUUACCAAUGCAAAUACGGUAACAACUGCGAGAUCGAUAUGUACAUGAGACGGAAGUGUCAAGAGUGUAGGUUAAAAAAGUGCCUCAACGUUGGAAUGCGACCAGAAUGUGUAGUGCCUGAAUAUCAGUGUGCCAUCAAACGGGAAUCGAAGAAAGUACAAAAAGAUAAGCCUAACAGCACUACCAGAGACAGCGCCUGUGAAAAGGAUGAAAGACUUGGCCGAGUUAAACCCUUAGAACCUUCUCAGGAAGAAGUAAUCAAUAAGCUAGUCUUAUUCCAAGAAGAAUUCGAAUCCCCAUCUGAAGACGAUUUAAAAAAGAUUUCUACUUUUCCCACAGGUGAUAGUGACGAAGACAACCUUCGAAGGUUCCAACAUAUUACAGAAAUUACAAUCCUCACAGUACAGCUCAUUGUGGAGUUCUCCAAAAGAGUUCCUUGGUUUGAUUCUUUGUUGCGUGAAGAUCAGAUCACCCUUUUAAAGGCAUGCUCUAGUGAGGUAAUGAUGCUAAGAACAGCACGCAAGUACGAUGGCAAGACGGACUCUAUUGUAUUUGCUAAUAACCAGCCAUAUACACGAGAAAACUACAGGAGUGCUAGCGUAGGAGACUCUGCUGAUGCCCUUUUCAGUUUCUGUCGAAAGAUGUGUCUCUUGAAAGUCACCAACGCAGAGUAUGCUCUUCUUACAGCUAUUGUAAUCUUCUCGGAACGUCCUUACUUAGUCGAGCCCCAGAAGGUAGAGAAGAUCCAGGAAUUUUACAUUGAUGCUCUUAGGGCAUAUGUGGAUAAUUACCGUCCUCCUGGGAAAAACUACUUUGCCAAGCUCUUGUCUGUUCUCACUGAACUCCGAACUUUGGGUAACAUGAAUUCUGAAAUGUGCUUUUCACUCAAGGUUCAAAAUAAGAAGUUACCUCCAUUCUUGGCCGAAAUCUGGGAUGUCAUGGAAUAAUCAGCUUUAUCUUUCAAACCACUAAAAUCAUUCCUUGUAUAUUAAAAACGUUUUUUUUUCUUUAACAUUGUUUAUUUCUGUUUCAUUUUUACAGUGUAAGCAGUUUCCUUUGUUUGACAUUUACUAAAUUUUGGUCAUGUACGUUACAAACCAGCUGGCUAGCUUCCAGUAUUGGUGCUUCAGUUUUCUUUUCCAGUAACAUCACUGAACUAUUCUCAGAUGGUGGCGAUAAUGAGAUAUGCAAGAGAAAAGGUGCAAACAUCAGAUACAGGCUCAUCAAUAGAACCUACUGUAUGUUGUUUCAAAGGUUGUGAUUUUUGUCUUUUGACAAACCUCAAAGUUCUAAACCUAUUCCUGCUGGUCCUUUCCAAAAGAACCACAGUGUGAAGGCAACGCACAAGACAAGAAGGUAAACUCUCACCAACACUUAAUGGAGUGGGGGGACUGUUAUAUAUAUAUUGCAGGACAUUUGAGCCACUUAAUGGAGUGGGGGGACUGUUAUAUAUAUUGCAGGACAUUUGAGCUACCAUGAUUUGUUACCGGUGACCUAGAAAAAAAAAAAGUGACACGUGAUGGAUAAUAAACAGUAGAGUGCCAGUAUUAUUAUUAGUUUUUGCAUACUGACUCUCUUUUAAACUGAUGAUGUUUAUUCAAAGGGUUACCAUUAUCAUCAUCAAUAUAAUAAUCACCAUCAACCCCUGGGCAACAUCGAAUUACUGACACUCAACUCUUAGUGGUUUGAUCCAGGAUGAGACGUCCAAUCAAAAAAUAAAGAAAAAAAAAACUUUUCAAGUAUGAUUAAUGAUCUUAAACCAUGUUGUGAUCGUGUUUGUUUUUAUAACUUGCUGCAGCCUUAUGAAUAAGACCAGUUAUUCUAUAUAGUAAACAAACACGGACCACCACUCAAUAAGAAAAUAUACUUUGUUCAAACAGGUCCUGAGAACUGUUGUUUUAAUUUUACAACUGAAGGGAUAUAAAAAUAACAAGCUAUAUAUAUAUAUAUCAAACUUAAUGGUUUAUAGCAGUGACUAAGCUACUGAGUGAAAAAGUAUUAGUUUCUGUAAUUUGGUUGGCUUGCUUUUUAAUGUGAUAAAGUAUUACGUGUUUCUGGUUAUAUCAUUUAUAUUUGUUUUAAAGCUUUCUCAUUGCAAAUAUUUCUGUGAAGUUUUUGUUCUAAAUUGAAACUCACAACUUACAGAAACCUUCACUAGUGACUUUGUAUCAUCAUUUAUCACCAUAUUCCAAGAGUCGAGUAUUUUUACAGCAUUAGCAUGUUCGUUCCAACACUAAGAAGUAUGAUUAUGUACCCAUAAAUUAUUAUUAUUUGUUUUUCUAAAGAUUUCUCAAACUCUUAAGGUAUAACAGCUUAUAUGUAGAUACCUGAUUCAGGUUAAAAUACAGAUAAAAAAUCUGUUGAAUAGCUUUCGUUACUCAGUCUUUAAAAAAAAAACCCAGUGAAGUUAACGUGCGACAUAAAGUUUAAAACCUGUAGUAUGAUAAAAUUACACACGCUGAACAGUAAUUUAAAAGACUUUUCAUAAAAACGUAUUUGGUUUGAAUUAAAUUAACCUUGUAACUGAUUUGUUGCUUCUAGAAUUGACGCUGGUCUAUUGAAUGAAAAGUUCGAGUUUUUAUAUGAUACAUGGGUAGUAAGUUAUAUUUAACCAAGGUAUUAUUCUUUAAAAGUAAUGAAUACGCGCGUGCCAUCUGGACCUUGCGUUACUUAUGACCCCCAUGGCAGUAGAUGCAUUUUGUAUCAAGAGCAAUCAACAUGAUACAUGUUAAAGAGAAAUAUUAUUGUAUACAUAAAAGAAUGUAUUUAUUGUUUGACUUGAAGAGAUUUCAUUGUGAUAAAAUGCAAAAAACAAACGAAUAUGGGUACAAAAAAAAAGUACUUUUGAUAAGUGUUUGUAUGCAUGUUUUUCACUGUUUGUGGGUGAAGGAUAUGAUUAAUGUUGUCAAAUUAUUGUUAUUUCCUAUUAGUAAAAAAAACAUUCAAAGCUUAAGAAAUAAUAAAAAAAAAUACUUGGAAGGUACGUGAGGUCCCUCCUCUUUCUAUCCUUAUUGUAGUAUCGACACUUUACGGUUAGGUACUUAAAGACUGAGGAAAUGUUAGUGAUGUUGGUUAUUUACAAAUAGACAAUUUACCUGAGAUUUAUUUGUUAUAGUGUUAGUUUAUGGAGAUGAAUUAGGAUACUUUUUAAACAGCUGUAGGUCUCUUCUGACCUUCGUGUGGUAGUCAUACGAGUUGUUGAAAAUCUGUGGUGUUAAACAAAUGUCUGCUUAAACAGUGCCUUGGUAUUACAUAUGAAAUAUUGCAGGGUUUGGUAUACACGUGUGUGCUUAAAUAUACUAAUUAGAUAAAUACGAACCUGAUGCAAAACUGCAACAGAAAUUUCAUUAAAUGCUAAAAGAGGUACAAAUGUAAACUUAACAUGUAAAUAAACAAUUGGCUAUUUUUAGAUUCGUCCAAUAUAUUCCAAAGUAUAUUUUGUUCCUCAAAAAAUAUUUCAAACAUUCUCUGACAACUAAUGUUGUUCGCAAGUAUCCGAUACAGGUUUCAUACACCCAAAUUUUAUCUAAAGUAUUCUUUGUUAAAGAACUAGGAUGAGGAGGGAAAGGCACUUAGGGCUUACGGGUGUCAAUUACAAAAGGUUUGUUUUAUAUAUAUAUAUAUCCUGCAUUGUAAAAUAUCAUCAACCGUUAACGACUGAAUUUACUUUUUAAAUGAAAAUGUUACGCAUAUUGAAAUAUUUCUUAAAAGUAUUUAGCACCCCAUACCUUACCCAAGUUUUCGUGAAUUGUUGUAGUUUAUAGACAGUUGGAGGGAGAGAAAAUGUUGUUCAUAUACAGUUACUGGUAGUCAGUUCACCCAAGAUCAGUAGUUGAAAACAGUACUGUGUGAAGAGAUGACUUUUAAAAAAAUAACGUAAUCGUAUCACUAAUAUGGAUUCCCCUACAGUUUUCUUACAAGAAAUGGAUUGAGUAAAUAUGUUUGGAUGUACAGAAAUUGUGUCAUUGUGAUGUUCUAUAUUUUUCAAAUUAAAAUUGGCCAGAUUUACAAAUA